GCGUGGAACUGGGGGCGAUUUGUUGAUCGCAGUGGGCGUAGUAUCUGUUCAUAGUAACUGCAGUGAGAACACAUUACCACGUAUAGAGUGAGAGCAGUGUCUCACUGCCAAAUUAAGCACACACUGCCAGUUUAGAUAUAUGAUAUACAGACAAACUGCCUCUUCACCUUUCUUUGAUUCUUUCUUUCUUUCUACUGUAUAUGCCAAUACCGUCUUCUUUCUUUAUUCUCACUCACUACAAGAAAGACACAUAGAGAGAGAGAAGGUGGUUGUUUAUAGUAUUAUUCAGGAGAGAGUGUUAGUGAGUAUAGAGAGAAGGGUUUCCUAAUUCUUGGUUUGUUUAUUUCUUUUUUACCAUUUUUUAUUCUUUCAUUUUAUUGGUUUCCUGAGAAUUUUAUAUAUAAAACGAAAAGAAACAAGAAAAUGGUUGGAAUUGAUCUUAUGCAUCAGCAGAGGCUCUUUGUGAGGAACUUGAAGCAGCAGGGAAUAUUAGACAAUCACUUUGAUCAAGUCCUUGAGAUACGAACUGUAGACAAUCCUCGCUUUGUUUUGGAAGUGAUAUCCAUGUUCUUGAAUGAUGCUGAUAAUUGUGUCUCAGAGUUGAACAGAUUACUGAAUGAAGCUGUUGUUGACUAUACCCAAGUUGUCAACUAUUGUCACCAGCUUAGAGGCAGUAGCGCUAGCAUUGGUGCCCGCCUGGUGGCCGUUGCUUCUCGCGAGCUUCGCCUUGCUACUGAUGAAAUGGAUCAGCACAGGUGCUUGGUGGCUUUUGACAAGCUAAAAGAUGAGUACCAGAAUCUGAAGAACAACUUCAAUAUCAUUACCCAGAUUGAGAGAACCAUCGUGGCCAACCAUACCAGACGCCGCAACGUCCGACCAUAGAGUACUGGCUUUGAAGAUAUGAGUCUGCUCAAAUAUACCAUAUAUGAGUCUGAUCAUACAUAUAAUAAGAGCUCGCUCUAGCUAGAACUCAGAGCUGCAUGUUCAAGACUUUUUUAAUUGCAUGUUUCUGCGUUUGUGUUCUACAUGUAUCAAAAUAGCGGCUGGUCAUGUUGUUAUUUUGUCUUGGUUAAAACUGGUUUUCCAGCUUCAAAUAUAAGGAGUUUUCUCUA